AUGGAACAGCAGGCCAUCACGGUGCAUUACCAGCGAAUGGAGGAGUGGCUUAAUGAUCGAAAGGCAGUGCUUGGAAAAAAACACAAGAAUGAAUACACACGUCUCCUGGAGUUGGCCCCCAAAUUGGAACAGUUGGUGCGCUAUGACAUACCUGCACAACAACGACAGCAAAAGAAGCUGACAAAUGCUUUGGAUGACUCCUUUAGAGUCAUUGAAGACGCAACCAAAGCAGCAUGCAGCCUUGAGGAGAAACAGAUGCGACUCCUGCAGGAGUACGGCCUUGAGCAUGGGGGCAACACGUCAGAUGAUGCACUAAAUGCGGCUGUUGAUGCAAGGAUAACUGCCAGCACGGCUCUUCUUAAUGAAGGGUUGCGGGAAUUUGGCGCUAGUGUUCACCUCGCAGCCUUCCGUGAGGCCUAUGGAAGUAUCGCAAGGGAAUUCUCAAUGGGCAUGUACGACAGAGACGUCUUUUCAGAGCACUUGCCUUGGCUGGAGCGAGUUUUUGAGGAGCGCCUUUAUGCUUCAACUGUGGUGGAGCAGCAGCAUUGCCAACCGAUGGUGGUACAGGAGGACUCUGAGCCGUGCAGCAUUGAUUGGGGCGAUAUGGGCGUGUCGGGUCCGAUCGACAUUGACGCGGCCAUGGAGAUCAAGUGGGAUGAAAAUGAAGGAGAGGAAGACCUUUACGGACCCACAGAUGGUGAAAGUAACGCUGAUGAUGAAAAACCACCGGCAAAGAUAGUAGGGAUCUUCUCCAUGAAUGUGUCGAAUGCUGCCCACCGGCAGCACAUACUGACGGAGUUGCAGGCGCUACGUUGCUUUGCGUCGGAACGAUCCUUGAUGGGCGAUGAUUCCCUUGCUGAAGCUGUGGCAGUUGCGGAAGCUCUGGAGCAAAAAUUAACAACAUCGACAGAGGCGGCGUUUGUACGCAUGAAGGCAAGUGCCACCCUUCGACUCUCUUUCCUUGAUGAGGUGCAGCGGCUGCAGCGGGGGAUCACGGCGGCGGCGAUGCGAAAUAGCAGUGCUGAGGAUAGAGUAAAGCAGAUUCAGGACGAACUGCGGCGUCUUGCACCGCAGGUGGACGCUCUGCUGGACGCCGCAAGGGCCUGCCGCGACGAGUGCCUCGCAGAGCUUUUGAAGAUGUUUCCUGGGCGUACCGUUACCAUUGUCGGCGACAUUAACAAAUACCUCUAG